UAAAUCUGGGAUCUGCUAUGACUUGUCACAUUCGAUCCAAUCACAGCGUCACGCCAAAGGAAUUCAAAGUCCCCAUCACAAAAGAGUUAAUCAAACAAAACAAAAAUGUUCAUUUAACAAAGGAUUUUAGUCCUGGUGAUAAGUUGGAGUAUACCAUAACCAAUGACAACGGAUUUGAAAUUGAUAGAAAUACUCUAUCCUUGCCCAUGUCUCGAAAAAAUAGCGAUAAGAAUAUAUCUUCGUGGAGUUCAGGAACAUUCGGACGGCAUCAAUCCUUCAAUAUUCAAGAAGAUGUUAAUGGAAAGAAAGUUUUCAUGGGAAAUGAGAAUGUCACUAUAAAUGUCAAUAAAUACCAUUACAACAAUAGUGCGUUUGUAGAAUAUGCAAUGUUCAGGUGUGGAAAUUGCAAACGCGAGAUAGCAGGUGGAAAAGAUUUGGCAGACAUUCAUUGUGACUUGGAAUUUAAACGAGAACGCCAGACAAUCUGCGGAAAACCACAAGUUUGUGUUUAUUCCGUGAAAAACCCUCAUGGAUAUUGCUUCAAUAUUGUUACUUUUAACAAGAUCAUUGACGAGUCUUACAAAGAAGUUAGCGAGGCAAUUGGGUGGGCAACCUGGUUUACAGGAUAUAAAUGGAUCAUUUGUAGAUGUGUCAAAUGUGAGAACCACAUCGGAUGGAAAUAUGUAGGCGACAAAGGCCAGUUUUUCGGUAUUAUUACAGAAAAGGAAGGCUUGAGAGACAGAUGCAUGAUCGGAAAACAUUUUCUUACUGACCCCACGAAGUAACAUUAUAUGAUUAAUUGAUGGUGGUAAACUUGCUUUAUUCGAAUGAUAUGGAUUUGCACGAUAUCUAAAUCAAGCAUUUUUGAGUAAAAUACUCAUAAGAAAUCAAUUUGAUUGAUUUUCAACUUGAAUAAUGUAAUGAUGCAGUUUGUACUAUACUGUUUUUUUGGGGAAUUCCUUCUUUUAUUUGUAUCUUCAUUGUAUCUCUAUUUUAUACCAGAAGUGAGGUCCUUAACUGGGUAAAAAUUUGCCCCCCUGGAGAUAAAUUUGACCUACUUUGGGGGUAAAUGGUGAAUUUUGUGCAAAAGAAUUUCACGUAUUUCUACAAGAAUAAACUGUCGGUUCUAUUUCUGUUCAUAAACAAAUAUCAGUACACCACAUAGCAAAGAGUUUGUCUGUUUUUUAGUUUGCAAUAUAAAAUAGCCUUAUUGCGUGCUGCUUUAAUUGUAGUUAAGUGAACUCCACACAAUUAACUUUGGCCAUCUACAUUAACAGUUACUUACAAAUAUAAAAUUUUCAAAUUUCCAAAUUUCUUUUCACGCACCGUUUGUAUCAUUACAGGUAUUUGCAUAGUGAGAAUAUACGAAAUGUUGGUGUAAAUAUUACUUUAACAAGAAAAUGGGGGUUAAGAACCCAUGUAGUAAAAAAUAUACUCUAAUUAUGUAUAAAUACAUCAUAUUAUUAUCAUCAUGUCAUUAUUUUUUUUUAGCCGAGAACUAUUUUACAAGAUACAAAGCGUAUCCUUAUCAAUUUGUAUAGUGCUACUAUAAACAAUUUAAAUAAUCACACUCGAGUAAUAUAAAAACUAAUAAAAAAUAAAUCGAAUGGUCAGUCACUCAGUACAAAAUAAGAGAUAAUUACAAAGUUGUGGAAAAUGAAAAGAAUGUUUUAUGCCUUUUUUGAAUUAUGCAACUAGGGAACAUUAUUUGACAUAGACGUAUGCUUUCUGUAGAAUAAAAAUCAAAACGUUUUUGGACACGAAAUGUUGUUUCGGUUGUUCUAUUUACUGUUGAUGUUAUUAUGGUGAUUGUUGUUGGAAAAAAUCACUUUUCUUCGAAACGAAUGCAGCAAUCGAUUUCAAAUUUCAGUGCCCAAAGAUGUAAGAAGUCGCUGGAAGGCUAGUACAUUUUUUAAAUUUUCUGAUGUUUCACCCAAAGUUUCCAUGUUUUAUUUUGAUUUAUAGAACAAUUUUAUGGCGUAUGGAAACUCGGUGCUAUGUUAGAUGAUCUUCGUGUCCAUAAAUGUGCAGUUACUAUCUUGUUUAAAUAUGAAAUACAUGAAAAGUGUGGCAUCAUAUGAAAUUAACACGAACCAAAUUGAUAAAAAUUAGGGUUCACCAGUGUAGUGAAGAUUUCUUAUCAGCUGCCCUAUUCAAAUUCCCCUCAAAUAAAAUACUGAGAGCUUCAAGUUUUCUUAACUUUAAAAGUUUUAAAUCUAUCAGCACAAGCACCUCUGGACUUUUAAAUAAAAUUG